AUGAAUACUGAGACCGAUCUUAUCCUAGGCCACGUCGCAUUCGUGGCUGAUCCCGGGAGUGAUGUCCCCAGCAUCAAGACUAAAGUCAUUCAAUUCGCUGAUGCCCCAAGCUUCCCCCCGGAACUAUUCCAGGACUCAAGUGAAUUUUGGAAUCUAAGAGGGAUGAAAUCAUUCAAAGCCCGUCGACGAACUACGGAGCCCCUGAACAAUGCGCUCCGGGUUCUCGACCACUCACGCUUUAUCGCCGAUGCCCUUCGACGCGACCUUCAACUGCCCAAGACGCCAGAGACUCUCGAAAUUACAAUCCUUUAUGGAAACCCAAACCCCACAUCUCAGUUCCUGGACAUCUGCCAGGUUGGGCCCAUCUCCGUCACUGUUAAGCAAGACAUCCCAUCAUCUCUUGCGCGACUCGAUCUCGACUUUUCUCUAGCAGAGAGACGUCUCCAGUUCCACUACGGGAACGACGCAUAUCAAUGCAUGCGUUCGCAACACACAAAUGUGUUCCAUCCUCCCAAUGAGAGGAUGGAUAACUAUCCGAUCGUCUUCUGCCACCCAGAGACCUUCAGUGAGGCUCGGGACGUCGUGCCCUCUUCAGGAGCACCGGCUUCUGGGAGGCUGGUCAGGCACAACCAGCAACAACGCUGGUUAUGUUUGGCUAACCAGACACCAGCCCAGAUCUUGGUGCAUCGGGUUGCAUCUAGCAACCUGGAUGACCCCAUUGGUGGGCCUAUCCUCAGUACGAAUGUUACUGGGGAUCUUCUCAUCAAACCAGAAGACCGUAUCACCGUCAGAUACGUUAUCUGGUCAUAA